GAAUUGAGUGGUGUUUUGAAGAAAACAAACCAUAAAUCCAUUGAUUGUUAUAUAAAUCAGUGAAACAAUCAAAUCGUUUGACUGUUUAGUAUUGAACCGAUCGAUGGGUUCUUCGCGUAAACACAGAGACAAAGACAGAGAGAGGUCUCGAUCGAGAUCUAAGUCAAAGGACAAGUACGAGAAGUCCGGCGACAAAAGCGAUCGAAACCAUCGCUCCAGUCAUCGACACAAAGACAAAGAGUCGUCCAGCGGUUCCCGUAAGAGACAAAGACCUGACAAUACCUCCGAUGACGACCUCAGAAGUGAUAAAAAACAAAAGGUAAAGGAAGUAAAGGAUGUCUCGAAAAGUAGUAAUUCUUCAGUUAAUAAAACACUAAAAUUAGAUCAAAAGAGUUCUGAAGUGAACGACAGAACCAAUAGAAGAGAUACACAACACACCAAAGAUGAGUCGGCACCAAAUGAUGCCUCGAAAGCGGAAUCGCUGUCCAUUGAAGAGACAAACAAAUUACGGCUCAAAUUAGGACUAAAACCAUUGGAUGUGAGUACAGGUGAAGACAAACCGGCGACCGAUAAGAUGGUAACCGUCGAAGUGUUUGUUAAGACCGAGAAAAUGAGUGAUAAAAUAGAGGCACAAAAGAUAAGGGAAAAGAUUGAGGUCCAGAGGAAUAAACGCAAAAUCACUCAAAAGCUGAGACAUACUAAGGGUUUGGCAGAGAGUGAUGGCGAAGAAGACGCCACCGAUUGGAUUAUGAAGACUCGCAAACUUGCAGAAGAGAAGGCGAGGGCACAGAAAAGGGCACAAAUGCUGGAAGAGAUGGACGAAGAGUUCGGCGUCUCGUCACUCAUUGAAGAGGAUUUAAGACGAAAGAAAGCGACCGCUUAUUCGUCUAAACAUCUGAAAGGCCUCACUGUUGGCCACAAAGAAGAGGAAUUCCAAGAGGGAAGACAAGUAGUGCUAACCCUUAAAGACAAGGAUGUGUUGGACGAAGACGAGGAUGUGUUGCAAAACGUGAAUAUGAUUGACGACUCGAAGGCUAAACUCAAUAUUGAGAACAAAGCGAAAAGACCUGAUUAUAAGCCAUACGACGAGCCAGAGUUGGAUGAGUUCGGGAUUCUGAAGAAGAAGUCAUUGCUUUCGAAAUACGACGAAGAGAUCGAAGGGCCGAAGAAGGAGUCGUUCAAAUUGGGAGUCACUUCAGGGAACCGAUCCAAUGAUAUCGAAAUGAUUAGAAUGAAACUGAAACAAGAAGAGGGAAAGAUAUCACUCUUCACGACGAGACCAAAGAUUGCAAACGAAUACUUCACUGAAGAAGAGAUGACUAAAUUUAAAAAACCUAAAAAAGUGCGCAAAAAGGGAGGAAUGAGAGUCAAGAAAGUAAUUGAAACAAAUGAUGAUUUGGUCUCAAAUCUGACCGCAAGCGCAGAUCACGGCUCCAGAAAGCGUCCCAAUAUAGAGACCACUGAAGACAAUGGCAAUGAACCCGAUUUAAGUCUAGUUAAGGAAGAAAUACCGGACGAUAAGCCAAAAAUAGUGGCCAAAAGUACACUUCGUUUGGAAGACAUGGAAGUGAAUGAAGACUUUUUUGAUCCGAGAGAUCAGGACUUAAGUGGUGUUGUUUUAGAAGAAGACGAGGCCGACAAAGAGCUCCAAAUGGCUUUACAUAAGUCACGCAAAUUGAAGAUUAGAACCAAUAUAGAGGCGACGACGGGUGCGGCCAGUAUUGCGAAAGUGGCGCAAACUGUUCACAGACUUAAUCAGAAUGUGGACGAAGACCCCAAUGAUUCAAAUGACAAUCUAAUAUCCAAUAACAUUAUAUUGAACUCUACGGCAGAAUUUUGUCGCAAUUUGGGUGAUAUUCCGACCUAUGGUUUGGCGGGUAAUCGGGAUGAAGACGAAGAGCUUAUGGAAUUAGAAGAAGAGGUUAUUAAUGAACCGCGUGUUCAUGAUUCCGACCCGACUAGAGGUCAAUGGAAUGAAGUAGAGGUCAGAGACGAUGACAUCGCACCCGAUUUGGAUGAUAACGAGGGACAGCCUAUUCUCGAGGAAGAGCCCGAUGUUAGCCGAGGACUGGUCGCGCGGGAAGUCAAUCGCGAAGACGAUAAGAUAGGUCGAAGGGAACGAUAUUCGGGACCCGUAUCUGACUUUAGAGAGAAGAAUGAUUAUAAGCCUGAAAUCAAAUUGGAUUACGUCGACGAGAAGGGAAGGGUUCUCGACCAGAAGGAGGCGUUCAGGCAUUUGUCCCACAAAUUCCAUGGAAAGGGUCCGUCGAAGAAUAAAAUCGAUAAACGCAUGAAAAAGAAAGACCAACAGAGCAAAUUACGGCAAAUGAGUUCAACCGAUACACCGCUCAACACAUUACGAAUGCUAACCGAUAAGCAAAAAGAACUUCAAUUACCAUAUGUUGUGCUCACAGGCGGACAGAAGACAGCCAUUCAGUAUGUUUUCCGCGAAUCUGAUAUGUAUUUAUCGUUUUUAAAAUAA